GUGACGUUCGACGAGGAAGUGGAGCGAAUCUGGUCGAUAGCACUGAUUAGCAAUGGAGAUGAACAACUCCGGCUACAACUAAUGUUAACUGGCUUCUGCAGUUAAAAAACACAUUUGUGUGUCAGUGGCGUAGGACCAUGUCGGACUGAAAUGUCAGUUUAAAUGACUCCCAGAUGACUUUCCAGUGGCUUGGACAUCUGCGGUUUGAUGUGGCUCAUUCACUUUAUUAUGUUUAUUACUGUAGGCAGACAAUAUUAACAUGAAUGACAAAUUAUUGUCAAUUAUGUUUUUUUACGUGACAUGCUCAUUUCUGUAAGACUAUAAGAAUUCCCAUUGAUAACCCCUGCUGACAAUGUCCCUGGGUGAACAAUCUCAGAAGUGGUUUCCAACUCAUGUCCAAGCCACUGUUCUUCAAGCUGCUGGUUUACAACCCAAGGGCAAAAAUGGCACCAAUGAUGCUUACACGAUCAUCCAGCUCGGAAAGGAAAAGUACUCCACAUCAGUGGCGGAGAAGACACUCAACCCUGUCUGGAGAGAAGAAGCUUCCUUUGAAUUGCCCGGGUUACUUUUGGAGGGCAACCCAGAAGUGUAUGAACUGUGCUUCAUUGUUAUGCAUCGGUCAUUGGUUGGGCUGGACAAGUUCCUUGGUCAGAAGACCAUCAACCUCAAUGAAGCAUGUGACAAUAAGCAGAAACAGAAAACUGACUGGUAUACCUUGGACUCCAAGCCGUCAAAGAAAAAGAAAGAGCGAGGACGCAUCCAAGUCAGCAUCCAGUUCAUGCGGAACAACAUGACAGCCAGUAUGUUUGACCUCUCUAUGAAGGAAAAGCCCCGCUCACCUUUCUCAAAACUUAAGGUGAAAAUGAAGAGUCGCAAACAUGACAGUGGUUUAAGUGACACAUCUUCAGCCAUCCUGCCUCACACUGCAGUUUACAACUCAGAGCCCAAUCAUCAGCCCACUUCCCCAGUACCGCAACACCAACCUGAAACCAAGCCUAAGAAAUCACUACUCUCUGGGGCCCAGAAACUUUCUGCUGCCCAUUCCAUGUCAGAUCUCAUUGGUACCCACUUCCGCCCCAAACUGGACUCCAUGAACUCCAUAGAAGAAAGUGCUGUCCCUCACAGGCGUUCCCAGAGCGCGGUACCAGGCCUCCAAGACAACGAAGCACACGGUGACCCUUUCACUGAUAUCAGUGACACCCUGCCACAGAAGUAUGCCACGCUCCCACGCAACCGCAACCCUUUUGAGGGGGAGCAAGGGCAGCUGUGGGACCGGGCUGAGCGGAAGGAGAAAAAGGAGAAGGUCAGCCUACUAGAACGCAUGACUGGCAAGAAGGAUGGCCGCAAGAACAGUGAUGGGGGUCGUUCAGGAAGCUCUGGAGACCUGCGCUCCCCCAACCCUUUUAGUGGCAACUCACCAAUACACACUAACCCUUUCAGCUCCAACUACAAAACAAGUGACAAAAAGGCAGUUGGAAAUGAAGUCAUCACCCAAGGCCAAAGGAGCAGCACCAUCGACGGCAUGAAAAAUGAAACAAUACAAGGAAGCAUGGCAGCCUAUAGAAACCUGUCUUUCGAGGAAGUGGUGCAGGAACUUAUCAAGCAUAAAGAAGUGGUGAAAAAGAAAGACGCCCACAUCAGGGAGCUGGAAGACUACAUAGAUAACCUGCUGGUACGUGUCAUGGAGGAGACACCAAGCAUACUGCGAACACCCUAUGAGCCUAAGAAAAAGGCAGGUAAACUUGGUAAAAAGUAGAUGAAGCAGAGAGAGAGACCGUAUACUUUGGCAGUUGUUUGCGCAUCAUGUGGUAAAUUGAAGCAGGUACGUUUGGUCUUAAAUGAAAUUAUUCACUGGUCAUCGUAGUUUUGAAAGUCAUUCAGCUACCGAUACUGUACAUUUGAGGUACUUGGAAUCAAAUUUAAUUUGGCGCAUAUACACAUGGCUCCAGUGAUGUACCGAGAGGUUCAUGGUUGAUAAGGCACUGCCUCUUUUUGACUCCUCAGUUGAUAGCAAAAAAAAAAAAAAAAAUCACUUUGGUUAAAAAAAAUAUCUUCAAAUUGUUUUUUGUCAAAUAUUUGUCAAAUAUUUUGUCAAAUAUUUCUUAGUCCCAUAUGUUUUUUGGGUUUUUUUUAAUCUGAAAAACAUUUGCAUUCUUACCUUUUUAUCUGUAUAUGAAGUACAUGCUCUCUAUCCUUCUCCAGGAAAAGCUCCGAUACUUGGUUGCAAAAGUCCAAUCACUUCAUGGUGAGCUUGGGCAUAUAAUCCUCCAUUUUGGCAGUAAAAGUUAUUCAUUCAUGCAGCAGAGCGUAAAAAUAUCUUGCCUUUGACUUGCUGCUCUCCAUCAAAAAAAAAAUAAAAAAUCCUCUCAAUGGAAGGACAGUAGUAACACACACCUUCCAGCUCACGCACGCCCCCAACUCUCAAGAUGAAGUAAUGUACUGAAGUACUGUGAGCACCUCCGCGUAGGACAUUCUAUGUAUUGUAGUGUCCAAUUAGCAAGAAUAAUAGUGUCACACUUACAUUAAAGCCAUUACACAAGCUGUAGAAAAUCAUGGUCAUGAUAUUAUUGGAAAGAUGCUGACAAACUGUCAAGCGCCAUGCCAUGAUCCAACUCAGUACACAACACUGUAACUGAUCAGGAAAAGUGCAAAUUCAGAGAUUUUACUCGAGAAAACGUUAACAGUUGGAAUCAUACAGAAAAUACAUUUAUAAUAUAUUAAUAUUUAUUUUGUUAUUAUUUUUUGCGAGGCUCUGCCACACCUGCCUCCCCUGACUGCAUGUCACUGCAAGGCUCCAAUUGACUUUUGUCGUUUGCACUUGUGAAGCAACACUCAGCUUCUAUCCUUUGCCCAGAAGCUCUUCAGGCGCAAAAGAAGUCACAUUUGUGUUUCCUGGAUGCUGCAGAAGCAAGUGUACGUUGUUUAUUAAAAGGCGAUUGUGAUAAAUGAACUCGCAACACUUGCGUUUAUGCGUAAGCACACUUUUCUAAAUCUGACAUUUCGUCAGGCGGUAACAAUUUAGUUCUCAGCUGCUUAUCUUGGGUAGUGGGUUUUUCUUGCUUGUUUUGAAAUGAACAAACGUAAUAUUCCUCAUCUGAAUUUCUGGGUUGUGUUUACUUUUAAGUGUGAAGAAUAUAAUUUAUGACUUAUCUUUUAUUUAGUGGGAAAUGAUUUUACUGACAAGUGCAAUAAUCAUCUUGCUUGUAUUAUACCGGUAAAUGUAUUUUCCUUUUGAACACAUCUUCGGAGUUCAUCUCACCAUUUGAAUGAUUCCGAGGGAUGGGUUACAUUCUUAUCAGCUUUCAUCUCUAAUUCAAUUCAAUGCAAGUUUGUGGUGUGAUUGUUUUCAUGUUACCUACCGAACAUUGCCUACAGACGGGACUAAAUGCUGACACGGUAUUGUUACGUGUAUGUUUCAUGUAUUGCUAAGGUACUCUGUCGGAUUGCUGCUGUAUCCACAUACCCUGAGCAUGACACUGCUGUUUCGACACUGGUACAACAAGUGCUGGUUUUAAGAAUAUGGAUAAUUGAUCCUAUUUUAUUGAAAUGCUUUUCAAUGUACUGUACCACAGUAUAUGACUGCACUUUUCUUUGCGUCUCAUCAGAAGAGCCCAAAGCCAGUCAUUUAUUUCAUAAUGUAUUUCCUACAGCACUAAAAUAUGAAUUAUUAUGAACUCAUUUGACUUUGUGGCAUCAUCUCAUUAUGAUGUGAGUGAAGUGCAAAGGCAGCUGUUAAAUCACACUGCUCGUACUGAUAUUAACAAAAUGGUUACGACACUGUAUUUUGUUUGUGCUAAAUGGUCAUGGCCAUCUUUAGGUUUACUGUUUAGUCUUUUGAGAGACAGCAGCUGCAUCCUCUACAGUGUUAUAGCCUGCGUUGUUCAUCAUGUGACUGUCUUACCCCCAAAGUUACAUUAUGAAAAGGUUUAAUCACAUCUCCUCAUUAUCCCCCCACUUUGCUCUUUAUGAUACCAAAUUACCAGGAAGAUAAAGUACUGUUUCAAAGUAUUGAUUAGUUUUCCAAGGUGGGUAUGUGUUUUUGUACUUGCGGCUUUUUUAGAGAUUGUAUUUUGUGUCGUGUGUAAAGGUACACCAACAAGGUCACCAAAUCAUCCUUGCCUUUCUGUUAUUUCCAAAGAAAUUAUUUCAUAUAGAUUGUUUUAUUUUUACCUCCACAACUCUUGGACAGACAAAGGAGAUGCAUGUUUAUACACAAGGUGUAAUGAAGGAAAAUUGUGUGAUUAGAUCUGUGCAUUUGUGCAUGAAUACCUGACUAAAUAUGUAGAUAACAUUUAAGUUUCCCAUUCUGGAACUCUCCACACUGAUUGCCUUCCAACAUGUGCUCAAGUGUGACCUAACCAACUGCUUUAGCAGGUUAAAAAGGAUCGUACUCACCAAAAUAAUAGUCCACCUUUUUUGUUGUUGUGCUUUAAAAUGUUUGAAAAUGUUUUCAGUGAAGAUUUACUAGUGCUUAUUCUUAUUACAGAAAUGCCAGGUUUCCUCCAGGUCCCUCCUCCCCUCGCACACCUUUCAUUCCUUUAUUGCAGCGCCCUGAUGAAAAACGCCUUAGAAAGCCUUGAUGUGGAAUCAUUUCCGCAUCAUCUUUGAUGGCAAAGCCCUUAAAGGCAAACUGCAUUUUUGGGGAAUUUUGCCCAUCAUCCACAAUCCCUAUAUGAAACAUGAACACAUAUUUCUUUCCUUUUUCUGUACAUUCUAAAGAGAGAAAACGAGUUGGCAUGAGCAAGCUAACAAUGGAUGUCAUGGGAUCUAACACUACUUCCGUCCACAACAGCAGCAUAGAAAAAGCUGAAAAGGUCUGUUUGCUCUUACUAAUCAUGGCACACUUUUGGACAAAUGAGGAAUCAGAACCGUAUCUUUUAAGCCUAAAUAUAUGGAGGAUGAGCUACACAGGUUAAUCAGGUAAGAUGCGCCCUUACCGCCCUUAGCACUUGUGCAAAAUGUUUCAUCGAUAACACUAUAAUGAAAACAGUUACUUACAAUGUCCUCUCUCACUGGAAUGGCUGUGUCUUUCAGCACAAGACUCGUGCUCCCAGUUGACCUGGUGAAUUCAACGUCGUCUUCAGGUAAAAAAUGCUGACAGCAAACAGGCAUCUUAUCGAGUCUUCGUAACAAAGUUGAGAGCCAGUAGUAUCCACUCUUCAGUCUGUCCAGUUUAGUUGGUACCGUGUGGAAUCUCAAAGUUGACCAGAUUUUGGGCUAAUUGCCACAACCUUCUACAAUACAUGUGCGUGGCAUGAUUUAUGACCUAGCGUUGACGUUUUCAAAACUCGCAAACAACACAGCUGCAGUGGGUAGUAUACUGCCUGGCAGUGGCUUGUGAAGCUGAAACAAACGAGGCGUUGUGUUACUUCGCCAGGAAAAUAUAGUUCUUUGACGUUUGCUGCUACAGUAACUUUUUUAGGUUUUUUUAGGGCUUUAUUGUCGUAAUAGGUGGGCCCCCCAUGACGUGCAUGGUUAGCUGGCUCAUGCUAACUCGUUUUCUCUCGUUAGAACGCACAGAAAGGGGAAAGAAAUAUGUGUGCAUAUUUCAUAUAAGGAUUGUGGAUAAUGGCCAAAAUUCCAAAAAAGUGCAGUUUUCCUUUAAAGGCCCGCCCGGAGGAGGAAACAUCACCAGAUUCUUCUGUGGGGGAUUGUUACUGGGGUGGUGCACUGAACUCCAAAAUGCAGACACCUUAGUAUGAGCAAAAUAUGAUAAUUUAUUGACACUCGGAGAAUGUGAAUAAGGGUGAAGAGAAUCCUCUGUGAGCAGCAGAGGGCAGGCAGGGAAGAAGACUUCCUCCCCUCCCAUACCUGUCAUUCCUUUAUCACAGCGCCCUGAUGUGGAAUCAUUGCCGCAACAUCUUUGAUGGCAAAUCCCUGAAAGGCCCGCCCAGAGGAGGAAAGCCACCAGAUUAUGAUUUCACCUAAGGGUGGGUCACCUUCCUUCCAGCCCGACCCCGCUGCUUUGUUCAUUGCCCAGCCUUGCAUGCUCCGCCCACCGAGGACCCCCUCCACCCCAUUCACGUACUCAAGUAUCAAUAAAUUCCCACACUAAGGUGUCUGCAUUUUGGAGUUCAGCCCACCACUCCAGCACCAUCCCUGACAAGAAAAGACAAAUUCACCACCUGAUAUAAAAUUUAUACUCGGGGAAUUGAAAUUUUUGUACAACUGAGGCAUUUUUAUCGCCAAAGAAGGUCUUACAAAAUACACAUCAAUAGAUUUCUAUCAUUUGGAUAGACAACAUGAUGUCAUUUAUGCUCAUUCCCACCAGGUGCCUGCAGAGUGAAGGCAUGCAGCAUUUAUUUACUCAAAUGGUGAAAUAGAAAUACUAAAGAUGAGAUGCAUUAGACACAUUUUCACCCUCAGGAGAUUUAAUUCACACAAAGAAGUGGAGUGAUUUCUUGAAAUGAAAUAACCGUGCCUGUCUUUUUUUUUUUUUUUUUGCCUUUUAGCUGCUGUAAUAUCAUUUGGUUCUUUGCUAGAUGUCAGGCAGCAACACGUGAAUCUAAAAUGAAAAGCAUUUACAAAUCAUUUUUCAAGCACAACACUAAAAGGGGAGUGACUAUCCUGAUUAUACUUCUUUGCUGCGUCUUUGCAUAAUGUUUUUCAUGCAGUCAAUGCACCUGUUUGAAUAUGCAAAGCACUAAAUAUGCUUGCUUGAAGGUAAUAUUUCCUAUAAAAUAUGGUCUGAUUGCUGUGUAGAUUUCUAGUGGGUGAAUGUAUCCUACCCACCGUGAAAAGCGUUGGAUUUUUGUUUUCCGAUUUUUGACCAAGGUGAUGUAAAGCUCGUCAUGAUUCCCAUAAUUCUGCUCUUGCAGUAUUCUUGCACUGCAGCGCUUAACAAUGUUAAUAAUGUAUACGAGUUUUAAAAUAAAACACUUUUCUUUCUUUGACAAAAUACACAACAUGGGUUUCGUUCUUCAAAUGUUACUUAUGAAUGUAUUCAGGGUCUUCUAUUUAAUUCAUUCACUUGCCUUGAAAUGUAAAUGACAGAAUAUUUAAUCAGUGUGCUCUUCAUUAUCGCAUCUGCAUGUUAAUAAUUUUAUACGAUUAGCGGGCACAUUUCUCAUUUGUUUUCUAGAGUAGGUACUAGUGAGUGUACCUUCCUGAAAGGUUGGAGGUAAACUGACUUAUAUUACAUUAAUAUUUGCCUUCAAUGGCCAGGUUGAGGUUUUUAAACCAAGAUGUUUGGGAGUAAGAUUGUAGUGACUUUUUGUUGUGCAGGGGGAUUUGGGAACACAUUUGUGUUUAAGGUUUAGGCAAUGGGGACUGUAUGUCAAGUGCCAAUGGAAGAAUGCUUAGUGUACCCAGUGAUUAAACAAAUCAUUUUAGGCCAGACUGGCUCUAACUGGAUUCUAAAGUUAAAUUGAAUGUAGUUUUAAAAGGCACACACGAGAUUGUAUUGUCCUUUUCAAUAAACUCACUCUAAAUGCUGCUGACUCACUGCUCUUGUUUUUAUUUUUUAUUUACAUCAAACAAAGAUUAAAAGCACACGACACAAGUUGUGUUGCAACAAUUAAUCCAAGUGAUUAUACAGUUAAUCAACUAUUUUCGAAUUUGAUUUGGUAAGCAGACCCUAUUA